AUGACGCCGCGGGAGGUGAUUGGAGCGGGUACGGGAAGCGGCGGGGCUCUCACCCCUGCCGUUAACCGUGCUCCGAGGCCGACGAUGAAGUUGAAGCUGUGUGGAGCGGGCGGCGGGCGGCUGGGCACGCUGGCGGGCCUGGGCAGGAGCGGGGCCGCCGCCCUGGCGCUGCCGGGCUGCCUCCUCUACACGCGGACCGGCUCGGCCCCCCACCUCACCCGCGACACCCUGCAGGAGGUCAGCGGCGUCCCCGCCGUGGCCCAGCUCACCCUGCCCACCAUGGCAGAACUUCAUGAGGUCCUAGAAGAAUAUAAAGAAGGAGCUGCAAAAUUUAUAGGUAUGCCAGAUGCAGUGCUGUACUGCUCCCUUCAUGACCCAGUCACUCCCUGUCCAUCUGGCUACAACACAAACAAGACGGUGUCCCUGUGGGGGACCUCAGGGCGCAUGGAAAUGACAGCUUCCAAGUUCAUGGACAUACAGCGGGCCAUCCAGCCAGACUGGUUCCAGUGCAUCUCUGAUGGAGACACUAUUUCUGGGGAAGUUGGUAGAAAAAGGGCCAAGAAGUCCGUGGAUAGGUCACUUUCCUUCCUGGAUGCAUGCCUUCAGCUGCUAGAGAAAUCACCGGAACUACAAGGAAGUGUAAUGUUUGGGGCAAUUGAAGGUGGAGAUAUCUUGGAAGAGAGGCUCAGAUCAGCCAGGGAGACUGCCAAGCGACCUGUGGGUGGCUUUCUGCUAGAUGGCUUCCAGGGAUGUGCCAUGGCCAAGGAGACCAAGUUGAAACUGAUAGCUUCUGUCACAGCAGAGUUGCCAGAGGAUAAACCAAGAAUCAUCCAUGGUGUAGGCAAACCAGAUGAGGUGCUUGAGUGCAUUGAAAGGGGAGUGGACAUUUUUGAGAGCUUCUUUCCCUUCCAAGUGACAGAGCGAGGCUGUGCCUUGGUUUUCAGUUAUGACUGCCAUCCAGAUCCUGAAGCAGCAGUUUUCAAACAAAAUGGAGCCCAGCACCUGGAGAAGAAUGGUACUGAAGAAGACCAGGAUGAAAUCUCCAAAGCUGACCCAGAAAUGACACCGUUUGAGAUAUUUCUGAAGGACAAAAGAUACCAAGAGGAUUUUGGUCCUUUGCUGGAAGGAUGUACCUGUUACUGUUGUCAGAGGCAUACUCGCGCCUACGUCCAUCACCUCCUCGUGACCAAUGAGCUGUUGGCCAGUGUCCUGCUCAUGAUGCACAACUUCCAGCACUACUUCGGUUUCUUCAGUGCCAUACGGGAUGCCUUAAGAGACAAUAAACUGGAUCAGCUGAAAAAUCUUGUCUUCAGGCAGGCGCUUCAAGGCCCAGCAGAUGCGAAGCCAGGCCAGUGAGUUCAGAGGAGGUUACAUCCUUAUCCAGUGGGACUGGGUAAGGUGGACUGCCAACAGUGUCACCUGGACCGGUCAGCAGUAGAAUGCCUUCCUUCCUGGAGGGAACUGAAGAGGACAUUUGAAGAUCUCACUUUCUUGGUAUGGAAGGAAGACCUUAUUCAAAUGUCCCUUUCAGUUAAUUGGCUUGGUGCAUUCUCAGGGUAUGGAGGAGCCUGAACAGCUCACAAGACCAGUAUAGGUAGCUUUGUAUUCAGUUACUCACUCGAUUUUCCAUGUGUAAGGACAGAAUUAUUGACCUUGUGAUUGCAGAAGAUGCAGGGCAUAUAUUUUAAAUUAAUCCAGCUUCUGACAGGAGGCUCAGCAGCUGUUGGGGACUCUCGUUCCAUCCUCAACGCAUAUUGCAGGUAAUUAUUUUUCUAGAAAAUCCCAGUGAUGUAGUUGUCCCAUCAUGCAGCUCCUUGAUGAGAGAUCCUGCCUCAGUCUAACACACUGUUUCUUAUGGCCACUGCCAGCAUCUGUGUCCCUGAAAAGAACUGACUGGAAGUGCUGCCGUGUUCAGUGUCACAAAGGGCUGUACACGUAGAAUGUAGGCUGCAGUGUAGAAUGUUCUCUGGGCCAGGAGGAGGGCAUCCAGCUCGGCCUGGCCAUGAAAACCUUCUGCUUCAGGAGUCCUACUCUGUGACAUUAGAGCCAGAAAGAAGGGAAAGCGUUUAAUCCGUGUCCUGCUAUAGAAGGUUUUUUUGACUCUGUACUCUUUCACCUGUAUGGACAAAGAUUUCACUCCUGCACUAGCACGUGGUUGGUCGUGAAUGUACCGUUCUUUCCAACUGCCCUAGCACUGGUCAAAUAGCAGGCUGCACAAAUGUCAGCAUGAGAUGGAGCUGUGGAAGAGAUGAAUUGCAGGAAAAAGGGUUUAGAAAAGAUUCUUAUGGCUCCUUGUUUUAAAAUAUGACUUAAUUAUGUCACAUUCCUCUUAUUCAGUUUUUUUUAAUGCCUCUUACUUCGAAUCCUGGAUUUAUUCAUUUUGUGUUACAAAGUAACAAUAAAAAUUUUUUUAUUGUUA